AGGUCCAAAACGCGGCGGACAAAGUAGGAUUCCCCAUGAUUGUCAAACCCAAAGCCGGAGCAGCCUCUCUGGGAGUGUACCGAGCCGAUAGUGUGCAAGAGUUAGCUACGCACGUGGCGUCUAUACUGGAGACCCUCAGAACCACGGACGACCUCAGCUACAACCCCGGAGUCUUCGGAGCGCUGGUGAUGUGUGAGCAGUUUAUCCAGCCACACCCUGACAUCCAGCACUACUCGGCUGAG